GUGGGUGUUCUUUAUUGAUCCAAAGGGGGUAUCCACACCCACACCCUCAAGCUUAGUCAACAACAGCAACAGCAACAAAAUCAACCACAGAAACAAUCAUUAACAAAAUUCGAACGUCAAAAAAUCAACGAGAGUUCGUUAUGAAUUUUUAUAAUGUAAAAAAAUAUUCUUGUAUGGCUCUGGGAACAAUUAACAAAAAAUCCAAACACGUAGGUACCGCACACAUUUAUCCCAAACCAAAAGCAAGUAGUUUACAAUUUUUUUAUUUAAACUUAUCAGAUAUUGAUAAUCCAAGAAAUUAUUUACGCCUAACCCAGGACGAUGGUUUCUGAAGCAGGAUUCCAUGAAAUCUCCGGAACACCGCAGAACCGGCCGUUUCCAUGCUGGGUUGUUCGACCUGGAACAUGGAUCACCAUUAAUGUUUAACAAUGAUGAAAGACCAUUUCAUCGAUUACUUGCUCUUUAUUGUUAUAGUGCAUUCACUAAUACUAAACUAAAACAACGAGAAUUUGGAUUAAAAGAUGAAGAAUUAAAUAAUAUAACAUUUUACGUUAACAACUUGCUGGAACUGAAAAUAUCAUUGAAUGAAGAUACAAAUGAAUAUGUUUAA